AUGGGCCAGCGAGAAUCCCAUGAAGCCACGGGCCACGAUAACACCGCCGAUGAAUUCAUCAGCGGGCUACCCGACGACAUCCUCGGCACCAUAAUCUCCCUUCUCCCCACCAAGGACGGCGGUCGCACAUCGGCCCUCUCCCGCCGAUGGCGCUAUCUGUGGUGCUCCACGCCUCUCAACCUCGAGGUUCGCACUCAACCCCGUGGUGUCCACAUCCCCACCUCCUAUGUCCACCCCGCAGUCGUCUCCAAGGAGCUCGAUAUCAGCUACCAUCGGUUCCAUCAGACAUACCCGCUGCCGCCAUCCACACUCUGCUCUAUAGCCACCCUCCUCAUUGCCAAGAUCGGCAAUUGUGUUUUCCCCAACAAGAUUGUGUCAUCCUUGAACUUUCCCUUCCUCAUGCAGCUCACCCUAUUUUACAUUUCCUUCUCAGUGGACGGCUUCCACAGAUUGCUCUCUGGAUGCCAUGCCUUGGAGAGCUUAGACAUGUCUGAUGUUCGUGGUGUGGGUUGCCUCCAUGUUAGCUCACGAACUCUUAGGAGCAUCGGUUUCCAUGACAGUGCUAGUAAAAAAGCAGAACUAGUCAUCGAGGAUGCUCCUCGCCUUGUGAGGUUACUACUACCUUUUGGUUUCCUUGAUUAUGAUUGUGUAUCUAUCCGGGUAAUUAGAGUGCCUAAAUUGGAGAUAUUGGGCCCUUUCUUGCCUGUAUUAUCCAAGCUACUGGUGUCCCAGGAAAUACACCCAAUUAGCUUUGCAAACUGCAUGCGCACUGUGAAGGUUUUGUCUCUCAGGUCUUUUGGCCUUGAAUUGGAUGCAGUUCUUAACAUCCUUGGGUGGUUUCCCUUUCUGGAAAAGCUCUACAUAAUUUUCCACAAACAUAAGGAGAUGAAUAAUGAAAAUGAGCAUCGGUAUGACCCACUACAUCCAAUUGAAUGCCUCGAGACCCAUCUCAAAAAAGUUGUGUUUAAGUCAUUUGUAGGCCAUGAUAAACAAGUUAACUUUCCCACGUUCUUUAUUUUGAAUGCAAAGGAAAUACACCCAAUUAGCUUUCAAACUGCAUGCGCACUGUGA